AAAUAGCGAAUUGUCGUCGAAAUGAAAGUGAUUCUCAUCGUGCUCUUUUGUUUGAUGCAAAAUCUUGGAUCCGAGUCCGUGGUUAUUGAUUGCUCAUGGCCUGUGAUAGUGAAGGAAAGGUUUCCAACUUUCGAAAAAAGAAGUAAGAGAUUUGCGGAAGAAGGCAGUGGUUUUAGCGAAGAAAACCCAGAAGAAGGCAGUGGGUUCCAGGAAUCAAUUUUUGUUGAUACUUCAGGAGAAAUAGUCCAACCAAAAUUGGGCAUUUCAGGAGAAAAAUUUGUAGAAGCUCUUUUAGUUGCAGAUUAUUCUAUGGUCCGUCAUUUUGCUGGGGAUGAUCUGGAAACUUAUCUGAUGACUGUCAUGAACAUGGAUGAGUUCACUUCUGAUGAUGGUUCAGCAGAUUCUUUACUGAAGUCCUUCUGCAAGUGGCAACACCUUCGCAAUACCGAGGAUGAUUCUGAUCCAUUGCAUCAUGAUAUUGCAAUUUUGAAUGUAACUUGCAACACACUUGGAUUGGCAGAGGUUGGAAGCUUGUGUGAAUCAGCUAGCAGUUGCAAUAUCAAUGAAGACUCUGGUUUGACAUUGGCCUACACUAUUGCUCAUGAGAUUGCACACAAGUAA